AUGGGCGACUAUCACGCAUUGUCCGUCGACGUCCUGGAGGCGCCCCCUAUUCCGGAACCCCCUCAUGCUGUCACAGUGGAAAUCUCAACCAAGCCCAUCAUCCCGCCUCCAAACUAUGCAAACCCAAGACGUCAACUUCUGAACCGCUACAUUGACGAGCCGAGAGAGCUGCGUGUUGCUGUGGUCGGCGCAGGGCUGUCUGGUGUCCUCGCCGGCAUCCUAUUGCCUGCAAAGGUCCCGGGCAUCCAACUCACAAUCUUCGAGAAGAACUCUGACGUGGGCGGCACUUGGUUCGAGAACAUUUAUCCUGGCGUGCGCUGCGACAUCCCGGCACACGUCUAUCAAGCAACCUUCGACUACAACACCCAGUGGGCCGAGCAGUUCGCUCAAGGCCCCGAGAUUCGCGAGUACUGGCAAGGCCUUGCCCGGAAAUACGACUUGUACAAGCUUCUCCAACUCUCGCAUAACGUCGAAGGGCUGAAGCGGGACGAAUACAAGUCGGUAUGGCAAGUCAGCGUCCGGGAUCUCAAGUCGGACAAUGUCCGAACCGAGGCCUUCGACUUUGUCCUCAGCGCCAUCGGACGUUUCAACGCAUGGAAGCUGCCGGCGUACCCCGGCCUAUCGGACUUCGAGGGCGUGUUGCGCCACGCAUCCAACUGGGAUCCCACCUUCGACCCCAAGGGCAAGAAGGUCGCCGUGAUCGGCAACGGCGCCAGCGGCAUCCAGCUGACCUCGCACUUACAACGGGUCGCCGCGCGCGUGGACCACUACGCCAGGAACAGGACCUGGGUCACUGCCUCCUUCAUGGGCGACGACACCUCUCUCGACCCCAUUCCCGUGUCGGAAGAGCGGAGGAGGCAGUUCAAGGAGGACCCAGAGUCGUACCUCACGUUCCGGAAGGAGAUGGAGGGGAAAUACUACCGCAACUUCACCGGCUGGCUCAAGAACCACCCUUCCAUCGACCAGCAGCGGGAGAACUUCACCAAGAACAUGAACGCGCGCAUCGCCGCCAAGAAGCCCGAGCUGGUGGGCGAGCUCAUCCCGGACUUCUCGCCCCAUUGCCGCCGUCUGACCCCCGGCCCGGGCUACCUCGAGGCCAUCACCUCGGACAACGUCGACUACAUCCGCACCAAGAUCCGGCGCUUCACCGCCACCGGCAUCGAGACCGAAGACGGGACGCACCGGGAGGUGGACGCCAUCUUCUGCGCCACGGGCGCCAACGUCGACGGCGCGCCGCCCUUCCCCAUCGUGGCCUUCGGGGAGGACCUCGCGGACCUGUGGAAGCCGGACGGCAAGUACGGGUUCCCCUAUAGCUACCUCGGCGCCGCCUCGCCCGGGUUCCCGAACCUCCUGUUCGUACACGGCCCGACCGGAUCGGGACGCUCCGGCACGGUCCCGCACAACGUGGAGAACCAGGUGGUGUACUACGCCCGGAUCCUGCGCAAAGCCAGCCGCGAGGGCAUCCUGACGAUGCAGCCGCGGAAGAAGGCCGCUGAUGGCUUUACGGAGUGGUCGGACGCCUUUUUCGCCACGACGGUGCUGUCGGAGAAGUGCAGCUCGUGGUAUAACGGUGGGCGGCCGGGGGCCAGGAUUCAUGGGCUGUUCCCCGGGAGUGCGGCGCUCAACACCAUCUUGCAGCGCGAGCCGAGGUGGGAGGACUGGGAGUACGAGUAUCUGCCCGAGACCCAGGGAAAUCCGUUCUUUUGGUAUCUUGGACAGGGGUGCACGAAACAGGAGCUGGACCCUGAGUCUGACAUGACGCCGUACUUGCAGAGGCCCGAUGAGCCGGUUGACCUUCGCCAGGUGCAUGAGAGGUGGUGGGCCAUUCCCUAG